UUGUUAAGCCUUAACGCAAUCUUUUGUAUACGAGCAUUGAAACAUUUCAAGUUUCUACAACAUAAUUCCCAUUUUGCUCUUCUGUAACUUCCAAAUUUGCUGAUCAUGAAGAUUCCAGUAGGGUUUACUGAAACACUAUUGAGCUUUCUGUCGUUUUUGCCCUACUUCUUUUUGCUCUUCAUCCUUGGCCUCCUCAAAGCGGCAAUUAUUGGUCCUAUUGCAGUGGGAAUCAUUGUGAUUUCAAACUCAUCUGUAAUAAUUGGCCUUUGGCCAACACAUUUUCUGUGGACUUACUACUGUGUAGUGAGAACCAAGAGGCUUGGGCCAGUUUUGAAGAUUGUGGUGCUAAUAGUGUUGCCACUGCCUCUGAUUCUUUGGCCAAUUAUUGGAAUUAUUGGAAGUCUAUUAGGUGGAAUAAGCUAUGGAUUUUUCACUCCCCUGUUUGCAACUUUUGAGGUUGCUGGAGAGAAUUUUACUGACAAAUUCUACCACUGCUUUGUUGAUGGUUGUUUAUCUACUAUCAAAUCAAGCUGUAGAUCAGUGCAGGAUUUUAUAGACUUUUGCUUCCAUUCAUACUUCUCCUACAUGGAUGAGCUAAGUGAGAAAGUGCCUGAGGAUGAAAUGCCCAUGGACAUAAAGUUAAAGAAACUGCCAAGUUGUAUUUUGGCAAGCCUAGUCGGAGUGUUGGUGGAUGUGCCUUUAAUUACGGUUGUUGCUUUGUGGAAAAGUCCUUACAUGUUGUUUAAAGGAUGGAAGCGGCUAUUGGAGGACUUGAUUGGUAGAGAAGGACCAUUCUUGGACACCGUUUGUGUCCCAUUUGCUGGUCUUGCAAUUCUCUUAUGGCCUCUGGCUGUUGUAGGAGCUGUGAUAGCUGCUAUAAUCUCCAGCUUCUUUCUUGGACUUUAUGCUGGUGUUAUUGUCCAACAGGAAGACUCGUUGCAGAUGGGACUUGCUUAUGUUGUUUCAAUAGUUUCACUUUUCGAUGAAUAUGUAAAUGAUUUACUCUACUUGAGUGAAGGAUCAUGCUUGCCCAGGCCCAGAUAUCGUAGAAACAUGAGCACUAGCUAUGGGAGGAAAAAGCUUGGUGACAAUGACACUGAUCUAAGGAUUCAAAGAGAAGGUUUGCCUAAUGCAAAGCUUAUCUCAGAAAGAUCAAGAACACCAAAGCGGGCAAUCCAACAAUAUAAACCUGUGCAGAUGUGGGACUGGCUGUUUAAAUCCUGUGAAGUGAAUGGUAGGAUACUCCUUCGUGAAGGUCUUAUAAACAUUAAGGAUAUUGAGGAAUGCAUUGUGAGGGGAAAUUGUAAGAAGUUAGGCAUUAAACUUCCUGCUUGGUCCAUAUUGCAGUGUCUGCUAGCAUCUGCAAAGUCUGACUCAUCUGGGUUGGUGAUCGCUGAUGAUUUGGAAUUGACAAGGUUGAACAGUCUAGGAGACAACGUGUUUGACUGGUUCAUUGCUCCACUCUUGAUAAUGAAAGAGCAAAUAAAGAAUCUCCAGUUAAAUGUGAAUGAAGAAAUUUCACUCAGAAAGGUUAUUAUGGAGUGCAAAAAUGAUAAACCUCAGGACUGGGAUGCCUGCGAAUUCCCAUCUAGUGACAAUGUCCGAAAAGCACAGUUGCAAGCCAUUAUUAGAAGACUGCAGGGGAUUGUAGGUUCCAUGUCCAGAGUACCAACUUUCCGGCGCAGGUUCAGAAAUUUGGUGAAGAUAUUGUGUAUAGAGGCAAUGCAGGCAGCUGCUUCGGCUAAUCAUAUUGGAGGAUCGUUGCACUCCACAACUGACCGAACUAGCUCUAUUGAAAGUGGGGACUGGAAAGAUAGAGAUGAAACUGUAAAUGCAUGAGCUCAUAGAGAUCAUGUUAAUUUGAAUAUUGCACAGAUCGUCUUCUUCUUUUAAGUUUCUCCCAAAACUUUGUAUAUGAUAUUAGACUGGGUACCACAUAUUCUGAGAUAAAUGUAAAUUUUUUUCACUUUUGUCCUAUUUGUCAAAAAACAUUUUGAGAUGUGUAAUAACUAUUUAAUAAGAUUGUUUUCAAAUAAGGAGGUUUUGGAA